AUGAUGGCGUCGACAUCAUCUGGUGCUGCUUCCACAUCAUCGAGUCAAGCCGCCGCCGCAGUCAUCCGACGACGUCGCUUCUCCACGGCGAAAAUCCAACCGACACGAAUCAAAAAAGUGAUGCAGAGUGAUGAGGAGAUCGGACGAAUGGUCCAAUCGGUGCCUGUUAGUAUCGGAAGGGCGAUGGAACACUUUGCCGAGAAGUUUUUGCAGGCGGCCGCCGACGCCACCCAAUACACAUCUUCAAAAACGCUCAACCCACAACAUAUGAAACAAGCAGUGAUGAACACGCCGCACUUCUCAUUCCUCGAGUCUCUCUUCAAAGAUAUUUCCCUUCCACAACAAACCACCGAACUAUCCACCGCCCGUUCGGCAAUGACACUCCGCGAGCAACAAAUCUAUCAGGAACAACAGAAUUCCGAUCUAGCAAGUGCAAUUCUGGCGAACGCUCAGAUGCAAAUGAUACAGAUGGAGCAGAAGACGGGGGCGGAGCUACCACUGGGGGCGGGGCCUCCUUCUGUGCCCCUUUACCUUCAAGGAAUCCCCCCGGCUAAUUAUCCUGUUGUCCAAGAGCUCGCCGCGACGAUACCAUUGUCUCCGAGUACUCCAACAACUCAAUUAGUGAAUGGAAUGAUGGGAAUGUUGAAGUGUAAUGGGAAAAAGGGGGCGGAGCCUGUGACGGCUGGAAUUAAAAGAGCGUCGACUGACGGUGGAGAUGAGGAUCGGCCGAAACGGGGACGACCGAAAAAGUUGAAAGCCGAGAAGUGUAUUGAUGAUGAUUUGUUCGAGGAGGCAUCGAAGAAUAUUGCAAAGGAAGACAAAGACCGCGAACUGAUGCCACCGCCAGCACUUCCCAUCGGCCGCCCGUAA